UAGCAGUCUUCUGCUUCCGGUUUGAGAGAAAGGUGAAGGUCAGUUGUGUGUACGGAAGAAGACGACGGAAGUAUUGGUAUUUUAGAAAGCAUCUUCUACAUCCGAUAGCUGGUGACUGAAUCAAGAUGACAGAUUCAAAGUAUUUCACUACCACCAAGAAAGGUGAGAUAUUUGAGCUGAAGGCGGAGCUCCAAAGUGACAAGAAAGACAAGAAGAAGGAGGCAGUAAAGAAGGUCAUUGCCAGUAUGACAGUAGGCAAGGAUGUCAGUGCCCUAUUUCCAGAUGUUGUCAACUGUAUACAGACAGAUAACUUGGAGCUGAAGAAACUGGUGUACUUGUAUCUGAUGAACUAUGCCAAGAGUCAACCUGACAUGGCCAUCAUGGCCGUCAACACAUUUGUGAGGGACUGUGAGGACUCUAAUCCUCUAAUUCGAGCACUGGCCGUGAGGACGAUGGGUUGUAUUCGUGUGGAUAAGAUCAUUGACUAUCUCUGUCAGCCACUGAGGAACUGUCUGAAGGAUGAAGACCCGUAUGUGAGGAAGACAGCUGCAGUGUGUGUGGCCAAGCUCCAUGAUAUCAACGCUCAGUUGGUCGAGGACCAAGGAUUCCUGGAUCUCCUCAAAGACAUGUUGUCCGACUCAAACCCCAUGGUGGUUGCCAAUGCUGUUGCAGCCAUAACAGAGAUACUCGAGUCAUCACCAACUGCGCAGCAGGUGCUUGUGAUGAAUGGCAACACCAUUAACAAGCUUCUGACCGCUCUAAAUGAGUGUACAGAAUGGGGCCAGGUUUUUAUCCUCGAUGCUAUUUCCAACUACACACCUAAAGAUGACAAAGAGGCUCAAAGCAUCUCGGAGAGAGUGACACCUCGUCUGGCCCAUGCCAACGCAGCAGUCGUCCUGUCAGCAGUCAAGGUUGUGAUGAAGUUUAUGGAGAUGUUGGAGCCUAACGGUGAAUAUGUAUCUAUGCUGGUGAAGAAACUUGCCCCACCCCUCGUUACCCUGUUAUCAGCUGAACCAGAAAUCCAGUAUGUCGCCCUCCGUAACAUCAACCUUAUCGUCCAGAAAAGGCCAGAUAUUCUGAAGAACGAGAUGAAGGUUUUCUUUGUCAAAUACAAUGACCCCAUAUAUGUGAAAUUGGAAAAGCUGGACAUCAUGAUUCGUCUGGCCACACAAGCUAACAUAGCCCAGGUCCUGGCCGAACUCAAGGAGUAUGCUACAGAGGUGGACGUUGAUUUUGUGCGUAAAUCUGUGCGUGCCAUAGGACGUUGUGCCAUUAAGGUGGAACAGGCUGCUGAAAGGUGUGUGAGCACGCUCCUUGACCUCAUCCAGACAAAGGUCAACUAUGUUGUACAGGAGGCCAUUGUUGUAAUCAAGGACAUAUUCCGGAAAUAUCCAAACAAAUAUGAGAGUAUUAUUGCCACUCUUUGUGAAAAUCUAGACACGCUGGACGAACCAGAAGCCAGGGCUUCAAUGAUCUGGAUCAUUGGAGAGUAUGCAGAGAGAAUAGACAAUGCCGACGAGCUGCUGGAAAGUUUCUUGGAGGGCUUCCAGGAUGAGAACACACAGGUACAACUGCAGCUGUUGACAGCCAUCGUGAAACUGUUCCUGAAACGCCCCACUGACACCCAGGAACUUGUACAACAGGUCCUAAGUCUAGCAACACAGGACAGUGACAACCCUGACCUGCGUGACCGAGGCUACAUAUACUGGCGACUGCUGUCUACAGAUCCAGCAGCUGCAAAGGAUGUUGUUCUGGCUGAGAAACCACUCAUCUCUGAGGAGACAGACCUGAUCGAGCCAACACUUCUAGACGAGCUUAUCUGUCACAUUUCUAGUCUGGCAUCAGUCUAUCACAAGCCACCUAACUCCUUUGUGGAGGGCUCCAAGUCGUCCUUCAAGAGGGCACUUCCACCUAGGUCACAGUCAGGUAACCUUGGAGACACAGAGGAGUUGAGAGCACCAGACGCUGCCUCCCCUGGCGGAGAAAUGCCAUCGUCCCAGCCCCCACCCCAGGCGACAGUUAUCCCAGGCGUGGACUCCCUCAUUGGGGACCUGCUUGAUAUGGAUCUUGGGGGACCAUCAAUGCAACAACAACAGAUGUACUCCAAUCCAACCUCCCAAACCCCUGUACAGACCUCUGGGGCCAUGGACCUCCUCGGGGAGGGACUCGAUUCUCUGCUUGGCGGGCCUGCAACGGGAGGAGAUGCACUAGGAGGACUUGGGGAUAUAUUUGGUAUGCCACAGACACAGUCGUAUGUCCCGCCAUCUGAGGUUUGGUUACAAGCUGCCAAGGGUAAAGGCUUAGAAAUUAAUGGAACAUUCUCACGGAAACAGGGCGCAGUAUAUAUGGAGUUUACGUUUACAAAUAAAGCCAUGCAGCCAAUGUCUGGGUUUGCAGUUCAGUUCAAUAAAAACAGUUUUGGUUUGACGGCUGCAGCACCUCUACAAGUUCAAAGUCCCCUGCCACCCAAUCAGGGGGCAUCAGCCUCUCUGGAGCUUAACCAUAUGGGACCUGUACAGAAGAUGGACCCUCUGGCCAACCUACAGGUGGCUGUAAAGAACAAUAUAGACGUAUUCUACUUUAGCUGUAGUAUCCCAAUGCAUGUGUUGUUCGUGGAGGACGGUGAGAUGGACAAGAGAGUAUUCCUGGCUACUUGGAAGGAUAUACCUGCCACUAACGAGGUCCAGAGCACCAUAUCUAAUGUACAGCAUAACGCAGAUACAGUCCAACAGAAGUUGAGAAACAGCAACAUUUUCACGAUUGCUAAGCGUAAUGUUGAGGGUCAGGAUAUGUUGUAUCAGUCACUCAAACUCACCAACGGAAUAUGGGUCCUCGCCGAGCUCAAGAUCCAGCCUAGUAAUCAAAACUUCAUGCUGUCACUGAAGGCCAGAGCUACAGAUGUUUACCCUGGCGUACAGCAGGCUUAUGAUACAAUCCUCCACAACUAGGGCUCUCGUCCACAAAGAUUUCCAGUGGAUAUAACUUGCUUCAAUGUGAACUAUGUUUUCUGCACAUGAUGGAAAUUAAGAUGUUACAAUUCAAGAUUUGGAGGGAAAUGUGUACAACAACAGAACAUGUCAUCACUCUGGAAAUAAUAUAACAUAUUUAUAUGACAUAACACAAAACUGUUUAGUCUUCAUGCAAAUACCAUUAACAGUUAAGUGAUGAAAAUUCAGGCUCUUUGUGUUGGGAAUUAUUACAGCCAAACUCUGUGUGUGUUGCGAAUUAUUACAGCAUAACUCUGUGUUAGGAACUAUUUCAGCCAGGCUGUGUGUGUGUGUGUGUUGGGAAUUAUUACAGCCAAACUCUGUGUGUGUUGGGAAUUAUUACAUACCAGGCUGUGUGUAUGUGUUGGGAACUAUUACAGCCAAACUCUGAGUGUUGGAAAUUAUUACAAACUGGUGACCAAUGAAAUGGUAGUAUAUAUUCAUACUACUAACAAAUGCAUCUUUAUUAUACCAAUAAAACAAAGCUGUUAUAUAUAUAUGUGUGUGUGCAGAAGAAAUUUAAUCAAAUGAAUCUGUCAUUCUAUAGUUCAUUAGAUACAUGCAUGUGUAUUCUGAUUUGAAAUGUUGUAAAGGAGACAUGAAGGUUGGCUCUCAGAUUGGUAAUGUUAAACAUCCUUAUUGAUUAUAGUGAACUGAGCAUUAGAAAGAAUUACCAUUACAGAAUCUAAGACAUACAAAUUGAAAUUUAAAUAAAAAAAGAUAAAAAAUCCUGAUUGCAUUAAAUUUGUUCAGGCCAGGGACAUAGUUUCUUCUUUGGAUAAAGGUUAAGCCUGGAGUUUUAUCAAUAAAUAACUUACCCUGUCAGAUGACAGAGCUUGCCUGGAGAUAUAUUGACCCUUUACCAUCGCAUUCCUACGAAGUUUGAUGUACAUGUAUAUGUUUACUACCUUGCAAUUUGCUCACUCUAGUAAUUUUUGAGAGUUAUCUCCCUUUCAUUACCAAAACUGAUUUUUGUCUUGGUAGUGUGUGGUAUAAAGUUAAUAGUCUGUAUAUAAAAGUUUAUUGAUACUUGGAAAUAACCAUAACGUCUUAUAUCCUUAAAAUAUGUUUGGAACCCAUCUUCAACUUUAAACGUUCGCGGAAUCAGUAUGUAUCCAGUUGGGUCAUUGUAAACUACCGGCAGUUUGGACUCGAGAUGGAUGUUAGCCAUCGUCCAGCCUUGAAAAUAAAUCUGGUUUAUGAUAGGUCAAUUCUUCACAUCAAGAUAGCUUAUUAAAAUGAUGAUGUAUUUGUAAUGUCAGUUUAGCUUAUUAAAAUGUUGUAUUGUAGUGUCGGUUUGAUGUUACAUCAAUAUGUAAUCAGGUUGUGUACCAGUGUUCUGUCACAAUGGAUUCCUUUGUUUUGUGAGGUUAUUGUUGUAUCUAUUUAUUUCUGUACUAUCAAGUGACCUCUAGUAAUUAAUAAAUUACAUGCUGUAUUUA